CAGCGGCUUGAACGGCAUCGGCGAGCUCAAAGGAGGGGCAGGGAGCGUGACAGUGACGAGCAGUAGUGGAGGCCAUCGGAUCGCAUAUGACCCAAGAGAUCUUGCCGACGAGAGCGAGACGCUCGAGAACCCGCGGUUGACCUUGAUGGAAGAGUGUCUCUUGCUAGGUCUCAAGGACAAGCAAGGUUAUUUGUCAUUUUGGAACGACAACAUCUCAUAUACCCUCCGAGGGUGCAUCCUCAUCGAAUUGGCUCUCCGAAGGCGCAUCUCUGUCUCACGAGACUCAUCCGCAUCGCACCGGCCCAGGGGCAUGGGUGCCCUCGCUGUUCAAGACCGACUCAUUGAGGUGGUGGACAGCAAAGCGACAGGCGAAGUUCUGCUUGACGAGGCGCUGAAGCUCAUGAAAGCAAGCGAGAGGAUGAGUGCGGCCCAAUGGGUCGACCUGCUUAGUGGCGAGACCUGGAACGUGACCAAAAUUGGCUACCAGCUCAAGCAAGUGCGCGAGCGUCUUGCAAAGGGCCUCGUCGACAAGGGCAUCUUGCGGACCGAGAAGCGCAACUUUCUGCUGUUCGACAUGGCGACGCACCCGGUCGCCGACUCAUCUGCAAAAGACGCUGUGCUACGCCGAGUACUCUCGCUUCUCACCUCGAGCUCACCAAGCGUCCAUGCACAUGUCCUCUACCGCGAGGAGAAACGGCCGAUUGCCUUUGCGGCAACGAGGGCCCUUUCGUUGUUGUGCUGCGCUUUUAGCGCAAACGUCCUCGAAAACGCCCUGACGCAUCUGUCGUAUGAUGCAAGAGAGGCAGCGUUCCAAAAGGUCGACGAUAUUCUCGCAGAAUUUGCGCAAUGGCCCAUGGCACCAAGGAGUGGCGCGCCAGUUGGGAUAGCAGGCGGGCCGGCCGGAGGAAGAGGAGGAGGGACACCAGGCUUGGGCGAGGGCAGCGUCGUAACACCAGGGCAAGAGGCGACGGCGGGAGCGAGCAUCUUCGAGCUCGCAAAGGCCGUCCGAAAUGACCUGCAGACCGAUACUUCCGGCAUCGCCAUGGGCGCAUUUGAGGCAAUCGCGGGCGUCCUUCAUACCUUGAGCAGGAUGGAUUCACUCCUUUAGAUCCGUACCCGCUCCCCAGAGCCGUCUUCACUUGUGUUGUGACAUCCUAUACGUAUCGGUGCAUGGCUGCGCACUCUCUAAGCAUCGUAAUCAUCCCCUGUACACAGGGACCUAUUGCGCGCACAAAAAAUAAUUCUCUUUUCG